AUGGAGGACAGCUUUGGUUCUGCGAUUCAAUAUUGGAGAGGCAUUCAGCUUGUCAAUCUUCAAAAAGAGCUAGAUCAACAGGGCCUUACUAUUGUGGAAAACCAAAAAGAUGGUUUAGUUUCGAGAAAAAAACUUGCAGAACAAACAAGAGAAUUCAAAAAGAUGCCUGACGAAGAAAAAAUACAGAAGUUUAAGCCAUUAUUGAAAGGGUAUCAGUCUGAAAUUGACAGUAUCACCAAACGUACAAAGUUCGCAGAAAACGCAUUUUUGACUAUUUACAAGCUCCUGGCGGACGCUCCUGAUCCAGCGCCUUUAUUUGAAGCUGCCAUUGAUCAAAGUGCACAAAUGGUCGACAUUAGUGCAUUGCAAAAUGAAAACAGUCUUUUGAAAGAGGAACUUGAGAAACGGAACAAAAAGCUAGAAAUCUUAGAGAAGGACAAUAAGGAUUUGACUCAAAAGAUUAGCCAGUUAGAAGAAAAGGUUGCUGACAAUCAGCCGAAAGGAAUAAGCAAGUUGGAGCAGGAAAUGAGAGAUCAAUAUAGCGAUAAAAUCAAACAAAAUAAAGAACGGGAAUACGAUUUGCAAAAGAAACUCAACCAAGCCUUGGAUCAGUUAGCUGAAUUGAGACAAUCUCAUGAAGACACACAAGCGCAACUGAUUGGCCAUGACCAAAAAUAUGAUGAGGAAGUGGUUGGCAAAUUAGCAGAAUUGGAUAUUGUUACUAUGGAUUUGGAAAGAGCUAAUGGAAGAAUAAUUCAGCUGGAGAAGCAUAAUGAUGAUUUGAAAGAAGAAAAUAAAAAACUACGUGAUGGCACAACCGAAAGUCUGCUCAUUCAAAGUCAAAUUAUUGUUAGGAAUGAUCAUGCACAGAAUGUUAUGGAAACUACAAAAUUGAUCAAGGAUAUUGAGGCAUACAAGGAGAUGCUGAAUAAAACAGAAUUGAGACUUAAUAAGAAGAUAAAGGAUCUCACGGCAGAGACAGAGGCAUUGAUGGAGGAACGUGACACUUUGAAGAAGAGCUUGAAGAAAUUUGAAGAUUACGACGAUAUUAAGCGUGAAUUGCAUAUUAUGAAGUAUGUUGAAUUUUCAACAGGCGAAGAUGAGGAUGAUUUCCAAGCAGAUGACGUCUUGAAGGACGAAUCCAUAGUCAAUAGCUUGGAAGUACAACUUAUGGAAAAGAUCAAAAAACUGGAGAGCGAAUAUACGCAGAUCAAAGUUCUUUAUAGUGACCUUAAAAAGAGCUCUGACGAGAAAACACAAAAGCUUGAGGCGUUAGAAAAGCAAAUAGAUGAAAAGAUACAGUUGAAUCAACGAUUAGAAGAGGACCUCCUACGUAUGGGUCAGCAAAAAGCAGUAGCCAACAGUGGCGAUAUUAGCGUAUCAGAAAAUUCAACAGGUCGUUAUUCAAUAUCAGACCCAAGAACAUCAGUAGAAGUAUCUGGAUCAAUGACACCUCGUACGGCAGAUGCGCUCAGUGGAGGAAAAGAAGAUAAAACAAUUUUGCCCAUCGUCAUGAGUCAAAGAGAUCGUUUCCGACAAAGAAACGCUGAAUUAGAAGAAAGAACACGAAGCCUUGAAUCUACUGUACAAGACUUACAAACAGAAAUACAAAAUUUGAGAACAGAUAAUCUGAAACUUUACGAAAGACUAAAGUUUGUUCAUGUUUGGAAAGAGGGCCAGCAACAGAAUAAUACUGGAAUCACUGUAAGCACAACAAUUUAUCAUAAACAGCCAUCAUUACAGGCAGAUGAUCCUUCAGUUAAAUACGGUAAAUUAUACGAAGAAAGUAUGAAUCCAUUCACACAAUUUCAUCGAAAGGAGGAAAAUCGACGCUACAACGCUUUAAAUCCAUUUGAGAAACUAACGCUAAAUUUAACGCGAAUCUUAUUUUCGCAUAAAUGGUCUAGAUACUUCUUUAUCUUUUAUUCCCUUUUGUUACAUUUCUUAGUCAUAAUGACAUUAUAUCAACUUAGUUUAUGGGAAUGCCGCCAUGAUCAUGAAGAUAUCAAUUUUCCAACAAAUCUUCUAAACGAAGAAGCAGCAAUUUCUAAUGAUAAUUUUGGAAACUUGAUUUAA